AGCGGUGAUGACAACAAAUUUAUAGUCAAACAAGUAAAAUAGAAAUCUGUUAAAAUUUAUUCACCUUAAAAUCAAAGACCAGCAGCAUGGGCACAUGGGUACUGGAGGUGGCCAAAAUGGGCAUGUACAUGGCAUUCCCUGUGGCGCUAUUCCACUUCUUCAACCAGCCGGAAUACUUUGAGGAAUGGGUGACCAAAAAGAAGCGAGAACUCUAUCCGCCGGAAAGUAAGAGCCACCACGAGGAACUGCAGCGAGCCAUACGUGAGCACCACCAGAAACACGACGAGCAAAUGAUGCGAGCAAUGGAGGAGGCGCAACGCAACAAGUAAAACUGAGUGCAGUGUUUUUGUUUUUCUGAUAUCAGCUUUUAUUAUAUAAGACAAGUGAACAUUAAGUGUGGAAAAAUGUCUCAUUGAGUAAAUCUUAAAUUGUUUUUGUAAGAACACUUUGUAAUUGCGCCACGAACAAAGUACUUCUGCUUGUGUAAAUAAAAAUAAUGAUGUGCGUUUA